AUGUUAAUAUUUAACGUUGCGUUUAGUGAUCUUGUGAAAAUUUUUGAUCAAGACAUUGAUCUUAGUAAAAGUAUAACAUUCCAACGAAUAUUAUCAAAAAUUCCACAAACAAACACGCCAGUAUUUACAAUACCAACACGUACUAUUAGUGGAACUGAAUUUGGUAAUUCGAUAAUGAAUGUAGGUCCAACUCAAACUAGAGAAGAUUUAAUAUUUGCACAAUUUCAAGCUGGAAAUGUUCCUGACUUUAUGAGAAAUGCUAUUCCUAUUACAGUAACUGCUGGAAAUGAUACACUCAUAUAUUGGGUCCUUCCUGAUGUUCUCUGUAUAGGCACAGAUAAAGAUUAUUUACGAACACCAAUGAAUCCAUUAACAGCAAAGAAAAUAGCAGAUCUGUAUAGUGCUAUUUUACCAACAAGAAAAAUGGCACAUCAAAUCUGGCAAGCAGCUACAAUUAAACUAAAUCCUAAUCCUAAUGGUGCACCGUACGAUGCAACUAUGAUGUCAACUGAAAGAAUGAUAUUUCAUAAUAAUAAAAUUCAAGCAGCACUUACGAAUAAAAUUCCAGGUGAACUUAUAAGUGGUCAUAAAAAAGAUGUAGUUAUUUCUAUUGGAUUACUAACAAAGCCACAAAAUGUAGCUAUUGUAGGAUGGUGGUAUCCGUCAGGACAAAUGAUUCAACCCUUAAAUUAUGCAUCACAUGAUCGUUUCUAUAAAGAUUAUAGUCAUGGUAUACGAUUAAUCAAUCGUAUGGUUACAAUAAAUGGUCAAUGGUAUGAUAUAUAUGAUGUAUUACAACAUAAAACAUUCGCAUCGUUGAUCAGUGAUGAAGGUCCAUUUAAUGCUACACAAAUGUAUACAUAA